GUUACACUCUUGUCAAACGCAGGGCGCAGGCGAACGAUAAAAUAGAAUCACUCGCAGCCAGCCAUAAGUGCAGAAAAUAUACAAAGAAUUCAAAUUCCAUUCGGAAAUUCGCGUGAAUCAACAUUAUACCAAAGAGUGUAUUACUUUAAAACGUGGUCAACAUAUUAAACAAUAUAAAUUGUUUAAUAUCUGUGGAAUUAAAGUUUUUGCAAGCGCAAGAAAAAAACUAACGACAGAACAAAAUGAGUGCUGGUGGCAUGGGAGAGAAAAGAAAAUUGUCUACUUCGGGCGAUUCACUUUAUCAAAUAUUGGGACUUCCUAAAACAGCCACGGCUGAUGAUAUUAAGAAGACUUACAGAAAACUAGCACUGAAAUACCAUCCAGAUAAAAAUCCAAAUAAUACCGAGGCCGCCGACAAGUUCAAGGAAGUGAAUCGCGCUCAUUCUAUAUUGAGCGAUCAGACGAAGCGUAAUAUUUACGAUAAUUAUGGUUCAUUGGGUCUCUACAUUGCCGAACAAUUUGGCGAAGAAAAUGUAAAUGCCUACUUUGUUGUGACAUCGCCGGCGGUGAAGGCGCUUGUUAUUUGCUGCACUAUUUUGACUGGCUGUUGCUGUUGCUGCUGCUGUUGUUGCUGCUGCAACUUCUGUUGUGGCAAAUUUAAGCCACCAGCGAACGAAUCGCACGAUCAGUAUGCACACUUGAAUCGUGGCGAAGGGGAUAGAGAACCUAGUGAUAAUUCAACAAAUAGGAUACAGGCCACAGCGCAUAAUGAGGAUGCCGAUUUGGAUGAUGUUAACUUAGGAUCCGGUCCAAAAAUUCAACAACCAGGCGUUGGUGGCGCCGGUGGACAGCAGCAACCCGCUUUCGCGAUGCCACCGCCACCACAAGCUGCCGGUGGCACUGGCGUGAAUCCGUUCACAGGCGCACCAGUAGCCGCCGCAACGGAGAAUACAUCGCUCAAUGCUACAGAACAGCCGACAUAUACGCCAGAUAUGGUAAACCAAAAAUAUUAGACGCAUCCAACAGCAAAGAAUCAAAAAUCAGAAAAAAUGCGCAAAUCAAAGCAAACAAAAAAAAAUUGCUUCAUAAAGCGACGUCCAUCAACUUCACAUAUUCAAUAACCAUUUUCUCUGCAAUAUGCAUAGAAAUAUAUAGCAAGCAACAACAACACCACAAAAAAAAAAUAUAUAUAUAUACAUAUAUACUACUAAAGCACACCUACACACUUUACACUAUAAUUUACAUGUGUAUACUUUAAAUGUAUUGUGAUUUGCGAACUAUUUUUCCUUUUAUGAAAUUUGUUUAUUUUUUUAAAGUACAUAAAAACAAGAAAAAACCACAAGAAUUUAGAAUUAGUAUAAAAUAUAUUUUAAAUAAAUCACUGAGUCGAUUUAAAACCAAUGCUUAGAGUAAAUUAAUGUGAGAAGCGAGGAGGAUAUGAAUGAAAGCAAGGCUCACGUUUUUUGAAGUUUGAAAAGUAUCAACAGCAGCUUGAGCUGAAAAAUUCUAACUAAUUUGGAAGUUUUGGCUGGCGAUGUUGAAAUGCAAGGGAAGAGUUGAAAGCAUAAUUGGUCUAAUACAAAGGCAAGGAAAUUCACUUGGCUGCGGGUACGGUUGCCCUCUAAACUGUUGAUAUUCGAUACCGAACACUUGCUCUUAUGGGGUACUUCUAUUCUUUAUAAUAUUUUCUAGUGCUGCUUUAAUUGGCGAAAAUUACAGCAACAUACAUACAUACAUACUAUACAUGCAGAAUAUAUAGUAAUUACAUUUUAUAAACAUAUAUGCAUACAUACGAGUGUAGUUACAGUAAUAUGUGGAAGAGCACUUUAACAGUAAUGAAAAAACAAAAAAAAAAAUAAUAAGAAAAUAAAAAUCUUUAGUUAUGCUAGAAAAAUUUUCCAAAUUUAUGAAAAAAAAAAUUUAGAGAUCUCAGAUUUCAAAUACAAUAUUUUUUUUCACAAUUCGCCACAAGAUUGGUUUGUAUAUUUCUUAAGUAAUUUGCUUCACGCUUAAUUUUUGUAUUUUUGAUUUUUAAAAAUUAUAUUAUAAUAAAAAUUUUUUAUAAAUGUAAUGUAUAAAAGUACGAGGUGCAUACAUACACACACAUAUGUAUAAUAUCACUACCUAAUGAGAUGCAAACAAUUACAUAUAAAAUUCGUCUUUUGCCAGCAUUCAAAAAUAAUAAAUUUAGCAGUUCGUUCCAAGUUAAAUCUAUUAAAGGUUUACCAACAGCGCUGAUUAGUUUUUUUUUCUUUUGGCUGUCAGCUCAGAAUGAAACAAGGCGAAUUCAUUAUUUGUUUUCUAGUUUCCCAAUACUUUGCUUUGCUCAAACGUCAGAACAUUGUUGUUGGUCCAGUGCCACUACCUUUAAUGAAUGCGCCUUGGUUCUUUCAGUAAGAAAUUGCUUCGAAUUGCUGGUUUAGAAAUGCCUGCAUAUGCAUAAAUAUUUACAUAUUUCCUGCGCAUCAAUGGUAUAGCAAGCAAAAUAUGAGUGUUUUUUAAGUUCUUUCAUUCACUCACCACAAAUCCUUUAUAGGCUUCUAUGCUAGCUUAGUGAUUGAGUGUUUCAUAUCUCUGCUGAUUUGUCGCUGAAAUACGAAAUUAUUAAAUUCAAUACAAUUCAAUUCAAUUCAAACACAACGAAUUCUAACUAAAAGCCAUUCUUAAAUACAAGAUGCCAAAAUUAAUCAUCUACUUUUGCUUUUGAAAAUUUUAUUUUGCCCUUUGCGCGUUGCUUAUCUGCUUGUAUACUGCAGCUGUCUAGUUCACAAGUGUCGAAAAUGGUGGACGUAAAUUUUCCAAUAAAAAAAAUUAAUAAAUAAUUGGCGCGUACACUUCUGUUAGGUGCUUGGCCGAGCUCCUUCAUCUAUUUGUGGCGUGCGUCUUAAUAUUGUUCCACAAAUGCGUAAAUUUUCCAACUGGGUGAUUAAUUUUGCGCCACCUUGUAUGUAUGCAUUAGUCGCAUUUUGUGUGUCAUUUUCCGCUUUUUACAUUAAACCGAACGAAGUUUAUAAAAAAAACAUAAAUGUAUGCAAAGUAUUAAGAUUUUAAUUCAUUCAAAAGUAUUUUUAUUUUUCCUUACGCCAUACUUCAUCGAACUACAACCAAAUUCCUAAAAAAAAUUACAAAAAAAAAAAAAAAAUUAGUGAACUUUAAAAUUAAAAUUUCAUUCCCAUUUAAAAAUGUUUAAAAUGUAUGGCAGAUUUUUUAAUUUUAGGCAAUAAAUUUAUAUGAAAAUGAAAUAAAAAAAACAAAGGAAAUAUUAAAUCCUAAAUCAAUAAAUUUUGCUCCACAUUUUUUGAUUUAUUUACAAAUAUUCCAUGUGUAUUAAAAAAUUAAAUUAAAAACGAAGUGUUUAGAAGAUUUUUAUGAACAGGUGAUGGCUAUUCAUGAGCUCAAUAUUUUUCGAGCAACUGAGUAAUACAGCUCCAUCGAGUCCACCUUUUAGACAGUAAUAAACUUUUUUCGAAUUUGUCAAUCGUUUGCACAGAAAAUUAGAAAAAAAUUAAUGUAAAUUUUUUACUCAACUAGAAACUUUUUUAAUUUGUAUAUUUUUAUAUAAUAAAACUGUGCUAAAUUUUAGAAUUGAAACAUUUUUUUAUUGAAAUUUUUACGAGCAGUAGAAACUGCUUAAUAUCUGAGUAUUUUUCUUUAAUUGUAUGUCUUGAAAGUUUUUAGCAGUGGACUCUGCUUAGAUUUUGAGUAAAAAAUGAAUUUAAGUUGGAAAUAAAAAAAAAUGUAAUAACAUUUUUUCAUAAAAUUAGAAAUUUCUCAAUUCGCAACUUAUUUUAUGGAAUUUGCAAUUGAAUGGGGCCACCAAAACAAAUAUGAAAGUGUAGUGGCAACAAAUAUGCGUUAUUUUAUUCCUUCAUACCUUAAAAUAAAACAAAAAAGAAAACAAAAAAUAAUAAAAAAAUAAAUAAAAAAAUACUAAGCACUGCGUUGGUGAUUAAUCAAAUUUGUAAUUAAUUGCCGUAAAUAACGAAACAUUUUUAUAACAGCAACAUACAAUUAGAGUAAAAAGAAAAAGCACGCAGUCUAAAAUAUGAAAAAAAAAAUGUAAGAAGCAAAAAAGUAAACAAGUGAGCCGUUAUCAUUUUACCCGCAUCAAUAAGAGAAAUGUAUUGUAAAAUUAAAAAUUAAAUUUAAAUUAAUUUUAAUUAAGAAUUAUUUAAACAAAAAUUAAAUUUAUCAUAAAUAUGUAUAAAUUUUGCAAUAUCUCAUUUGCAGCACUGUGAAAAACAAAGAUUCCAAAAUUUGUAAAAUUGUUUAGAAAAGUUAGUUUUUCAGAGUAAAAAUCUAUUUAAAUAAAAUUCAGCAACUCUUAUACAUACGUAUGCAUAUUUAAAGCGGCAGUACACAGGCAUUGUAGGACGAUCAGGAUUGGAAAGGAAGUUGGCGGUAGAGUCGGAAGCGCAGCAGUUUAAUUAUUUAUUAACCAAUGUUUUUUUUAUAUUGAAAUAGUAAAAAAGCAAAAUAUAAGUAAAAAACAAAAUUUCGAAAAUAAAAUUAAAAAAAUAAAAAAAACAUAAAUUUAAAGGAUUAAAAAAAAUAAUAAAUUUAAAAAAUUAAAAAAAAAAAUUAAUUUAAAAAUUUUUCGAAAAAAAUAGGAAAUUUAAAAAGAUUUUCAGAAAUACAUUUAAAAAUUUGAAAAAUUUUUCGAAAAUAAACUUAAUUUUUUCGAAAAUAAAUUUUAAAAAUGUUUCGAAAAAUUUGGGAAAUUUAAAAAAAAAUUCGAAAACAAAUAAAAAAUUUUAAUUUUUCAACAAGUUUUUUUAGUACUUCAAAAAAAAAAAAAAAAGAAAGACGAAUGUUGCAAAACAUUGUUUACAAAAUAUUUUGUUUUUAUAAAUUUAAUUUUUUUGUUAAAAACCGAUUGUUUGAGGAGGUUGGCGGUAGAGCCAGAAGCACAGCAGUUUUAAUUGUUUACUAACCAAUAUUUUUUUAUAUUCAAAUCAUAAAAAGCAAAAUGUAGAUAAAUAAAAAAAAAUUCGAAAAAAUUUAAAAAAUUAAAACAAAAUUUCGAAAAUAAAUUCAAAAAAUUUAAAAAAAAUUUCUAAAAUUAAAAAAAAAUUCGAAAAAAUUAAAAAAUUUAAAAAAAGUUUCGAAUACAAAUUUAAAAUCUUUUCGAUAAAAAAUUUAAAAAUUUUCGAAAAUAAAUUUAGAAAAUUUUCGAAAAUAAAUACAAAAAAUUUUCGAAAAUUUUCCAAAAAGUUUUUUUAGUACUUCAAAAACCAAAAGAAAGGCAAAUGUUGCAUAAAAUUGUUUACAAAAUAUUUCACUUUCUUUUUCACUUUCUUUUUCACUUUUAUUCGGCCCUAAUCGCCCUGUUGCUCGACUGCCUUUCAAAUGCUAAGCACACACAAAAACAUACACACACCUACUUCUUAUCCUGUAAACUACCUUAUAUGUAUUGUAUAUAAAAUUACAAUAAAUAAAAAUAUAUUAUAUGAAAAUCAAAAAAAAAAAAAAAAAUAAUAAACAAAAAUGCAAAAAGUUGCAAGCAGUAGUUCUUAAUGAAGUUAAUACUACAAUAACUAUAAAAAAUAUUUAUAAAAAAAUUAACUACCUUAGAAGAAAAAAAACAAGAAGAACUAAGAAGAAUUGUGAAAAAAAAACCAUCUUAAGUUUAGUGACAACAAUGAAUGCUGAUGUUAGUGUUAUUUAAUCCAAAUACGACGAAACAAAAAAAUGAUAUUCCAAUGAACUACACAAAUACAUACAUAUUUUAUUAUACCAUUUACUUAAAGUAAUUAUUAAACAAAAAAAAAACAGUGCUAUAUUAUGUAAACGUACAUACAUACAUUAAUACAUAUUUGAAAUAAGUUUGUUUGAAUUCAAUAAAAUCACAUACAACUGAAAAAAAAACCCAAACAAAAAACAUUCUAAUAAAAAAAGCCAAAAAAAGAAAUUAAAAUUUCUUUACAUACAUAUGCGUUUUCACAGUACGAAGCAUUUUGGAUAAUGCAGAGAAAAUGGAAGGAAGUGUAGCGAAAGCUUCCUAAAGGCGGCGGGUACAGUUAAAAAAAAAAGUUUGCAGAAAGAAUGCGGCUAUUACGGGUAAUAGAAAAAUAUGUGAAAAUUCCAUUUCCAUUUAAUUUCACUAACCCGUUAAUUGUGCUUUUUAAAAUUUGUAUUAACUGUAGUGAGAUUCUAAAAAUUUGUCGUUCAAAUUUUGAUCGCCAGAAAACGUUAAACGAAUGAAUAGUUAGCCAAUAAGUAAUAUUUAAUCACUUAGCUACUGAUUAAGGCAUCUAAUAGCCCGGCAGACAGCAUUCCGAAUACCGGGAUUCCUGCGCUUUUUCCCAAAUAAAAUUAAAUUUUUGGUUAUUGCAAUGGAAUUUUGAGUUUAAUGAAUCGAUUAUCAAUUGAUAUGCUAUUUGUUUAUUAAGGCACUUUUCUGGUCUAGAAUUUCGAAAAAAUCCAUUUUUUUUCAUGUUUUGAUAGUUUAUACUUUCAAAAAUAUACUUGCAAAUUUUUAUAUUGAAAUUCGUUGUAGUUUAGACCUUACAGUCCUUUGAAACGAGACCGGUUUGGAGUACGACGCCCAGGUAUAAGCGCGUUAACCGCGUUUUUCUCGAAACUGUUUUUUCCGAGUUGGCGUUGGUAAUUUCUCAAAAAGUACUACGUCGAUUGAUUUGAAUUUUUAAUAUGUUAUGGAGUAGACUUGUGGCUCUCGCGGGUAGCAGAAUUAUAAUUUUAUAAUAAAUUUUUCUUUAUUUUUUUAAGAGCGAGAACGUGAAAAAAUCAAUUUUCUUGUUUUUGCAAUAAACAGAUAAAAUAUCUAGAAAUUUUUUUUUUUUUUUUUGUAAAUCUGCUACCCACCAUAGCGACAUAUCUCCUGAUGAAUAAUUGACCGAAUUUUUGUUUUCAGACGUAUCUGAGCAGCCCAAUCAGUUACGUCAGUGGCAUGUGUUACGUCAGGGGAAGCAAUUUUUUAUUAUUGUCAUUGAAAUUUUUUUUUCUUGUAAAUAAAGAAUUGAUCUAAUGAAUAAAAACGAUUUUCAAUUGAUACCGGUUGUUUUUCUUCAAUUUUCACGUCUCUAGACCAGAAAGGUGCCUUAAGGCAGUUCAACCAGCGGAAGAUGCUAAGAAUACGAAUUUUAUGCAGUUUCAUUUUUAGAUUAAAAUGAAAGUCAAUGUUGUGAAAGUAAGCUUUAAAAAUGCUGUGUCAAAAUGCAGUAGUCGGGAUAGAGGAUGCUGGAAUAAUUAUUUACUAAAGAACUUAUAUUAUUUCGUAGAAGGCAGCACAUUUUAUUGGUAUUUUGACUUUUCUUUAAAAAGUAAGUGCUAUUAUUUUUUCUAAGUUUACAGUUUUAUUCGAAUUUUGAUUUUUUUUAAACAUUAAAUGCUAUUUUUUUUUCUAAAUUACAAUUUUUAUUCUCUCUCUUUGCUUCACAGUCUGUGGUGGACCAUAGCUUGAUCAACAAUCCUCCUCCAAUUCAGUCUUUAUUUUGCCUCAUUUAAAUUUUUUCAAUUUUUAUUAGUAUGAUGAUUUUGUUUUAAACAGUGCUAAAGUGCUAUUUUUUUCUAAAUUUAAAAAAUAAAAAAUUUUAUUGUGCACUAGGAGUAAAAAUGAGCUGGAGAAAUAGAUAUUAGAUUAUUUUUAAACAUAGUUUUUAAUUCUUCUUCUUCUUAAUUAGUGCGAUAACCGCUUACGCGAUUUUGGCCGAGCUUAACAAAGCUCGCCGCCAGUCGUUUCUUUCUCGUGCUAACCGGCGCCAGGUGGUCACACCAAGUGAAACCAAGUCCUUUUAGGCCAAUGUUUUUAAUUAGUUAUAUCUAAAAUCUUUUAAAACACAGUUUUUCAAGCUUUGCAAGCGUAGUCUGAGUUUCAUAGCCAAACGUUAUAUGCCAUCAAUACUAAAACCUUCAAGACGAUCUAUAGUUAAAGUUUUCAGCUAAAACGACGCGUAUGGAAAAACCCAAAAUCCAGGUCUUUCGCUAUUAAAAAUUUAGGAAUUUACAAAUUUAUUCGGGCAUCAAAACUUUACCACUGAUUCUUUAAAUUUUCGCUAUUCAUUGUUACAUUUAUAUUGCAUCUUUUAGGCGCAUUACUAUUAGUGCUUUGGCGGAGGUAAAAGUUCAGAGAGUAUACGCGUACAUGCAUACAUCUGAAAAAUUGGGUAACACACAAUGACAAGCUACGCACGCUUUGUUUUGUAUAGAGAGUAAAUGUGUAAACGAAAUUCGGGAACCCUAUUUUAUAUGUGCAUUUUAGAUAGUCUAAGAUAGAUAAACCAAUGACAGCACGAAACCUAAACUCGUGGCUUUAGUAUGCGUAGGUCACACGAGUAGCUCCGUAUUCGAUUUAUCGUAACUGUCGCAAUACGAAAAAGCCAGUUAUACGAGUGUACCAUAUACAGAAUGAUUCACACAGUUUACAUAUUACAAUUAAUUACGUUUUUUUCGAUUUUUUUCAGUUACUAAAGUUUCAAUUUACAAUCUGUUAGGCAUAUUGUUGAAAAUUUAGUUCAUAUUUUUUCAGUAUUUUGUUACGAGGCACCAAGGCUUGGCGACUUAGUGUGUAUAUAAAAGAAAUGCCAAUCUUAGAUAUGAUUAUUUUCGGAACUAGUACCGAAAUUUUAUUUGUUUACAUUCGUCGAAAAUUGAAAAAAUGUAUUUUAUUUAUGUGAAACAUUUUGAGACCACAUUUAACACAUUUUAUUAAAAAAAAUUAAGAAAUACGGGUUUCCAAUACACUUAUCCAUAAAUAAUAUUUAUAUAAUUAUAAAAUAUAAAAAUAUAUUUAUAAUUUACUUGAAUUAAAAAUUGAACCACUGAGAUACAUGAAACAAUUAUGUGCAUGCAUACAAAGUUGCAUUUAACCCUUUGGGGACGAGUGACGGCAUAUAGCCGCCCAAGUCGUUUUACCGUUCCGGACGCGUGUCGGCAUAUAGCCGCCCAAAUUAGUUCGCAGCUGCAAGGCUCGCGAUGUCUGUCGUUCUGAGCGAUAAGAUACGUAUAGGUAUAGUAAAAGAGUGACGUUUUCAUUCAAAGACAUUAGGGGCCACUAGCGAUGAAUUAUCGCCCUUAUAAUGUAAACUUACGAUGUAAGGCGACGGUAGAGUCAGAACGAAUUUCAGUUCUUCGAUUCAGUCUCUCAGUGCCAAUAACAAAGGAACCAGCAGUUUUUUCUAUAUAUGUUAUAUUUUAUCCUACGCACGAAGGCUAAGCGAUCUAGAGAUGAUACGUUAGAUAGUGACAGUUCUGACGAAUAUUACUUUGAAUCUGAAAAGACGGAAGAUGACGGCAUGACUUCGUCAAGUGGAAGUGAAAUCCAUGCAAUAAGGAAUCCACUCAGGCAUUACAACUUUAGUGGUGAUGGCAGUUUGUUUAUAAUUAUUUUUUGAUUUUAUGAAAAAUGUUUCUUGUGUUAAAUAAAGCCUUAGUUUUUAUUAUCAUUCAACGUAUUUAUUUUCUUUACUGCGCACUCCCAUACCUUUCGUUCUCAGCGACGCUCGCCCAUCGAGCGCCUUCGUCCCCAAAGGGUUAAUUGUAGGAGUUUGAUUGCGGGAUUGGCAUUUCAAUUAUAUUAUAGGUAUAUUGGUGUAUUAAUUUCUAUAAAAUUGCAAUUUUUUUAAAAGCCUUACGUUAUUUUCAUAAAAAAAAAUAAAAUUUUGCCUACCUUAUUUUGACAAAAAAAAAAAUAAUAA